AUGAUAACCCACAUGAAAGCGUGCUCUAAUGCAAGCAAGGAUGUUGCGAAAAUAUUCGUGUGGUAAGGUUGUUAAAAGCUUCCCUUGAAAGCCUGGGCUUCGUUGACUGCUGAGAACAUUUCAGUGUGGUCACAUACGUACAUUGGCGUUGUUUUCAUUGCUCAUUAUACAAUAUGAAAAUUGAAAAAUUUCAAGUCGUGAAAAUUAAUUAAGUCUGCUGUUCUCCACGACAGCCGUCCACAUAUAGGGCACUGAAGAUCUUGCCAUGAAUAAGUUUCACUUUUUAAGCUGGCGUAUCCUUAUCGAAAAAAAUUAAGACUUGCUUUGGUUUGUGAUUAUGCGAAAGAUUCAGUUAUAAUGUAGCAACAGCAGAGAAAGCGUGAAUUAAAGUUUAGUGUAAAAAUUUUUAUCAAAAAAAAGAAAAAAAAAAGGAGGUAGCGUGAUUCUAAUAGUUUUUGGUGACUUGUUAGGAAACGCAGUGGUGGCCGUUAUAGAAAGGUGGAUUUUAAUGGAAGUUCCACUUUAAAAAACUAUUUUAUGAAAUUUGGAUUUUUUUGAUGAAUAGUUCAUUUUAAAUACUGGCUCAGAGUCUCCAAGGAAACCUAGCCGCAUGAGGUCUCAAAAGCCUUGGUUAUGAAGUAUAAUAGAGUCCACUCCGUAUGUUGCAACCCGCAUACAUUAAGGUCAAAAAGGGAAACCUAAUGACCCAAAAGUUUAUUGAGAAAAAAAAAUUCUGAAGAGUUAAAUCAGGAAAUUCCUAAUGGCUAAUUGAUUUAUGUUUUCCAUUUUCUAUUUUUUUAAAUCUUUGUUUUUGUAUUUUUCUCCCCUUUUCAGUGCAGAGAUGCCAAGUUCCAAGGAUACGGAGACACCCCUUACCAAGGCAGAGUCUAUCGCGUUAACCACAGCCUUUGGUUUGAUUGCGCUGACCAUAAUCAUUGGAAACUCUGUGACUAUCGCAGCUUUUACAAAAACAAGCCUUAACCGACGACCAACCCACUAUUUUCUCAUCUCCCUUGCAGUGGCUGAUUUGAUGGUUGGGGCACUGGCAAUGCCACUUUAUAUCUUCCAUUUUGUAAAUCCAGAUUUGUGGAGUACAAGUGAAGUUAUUCAAGCCGUUUAUUACAGUUGCGAUAUUGUCUCUGGCAUGGCGUCUGUUUUCACCUUAGCAGUCGUAUCUGUCGAGAGACUGUAUGCCGUUGGUUGGCCGUGGAAGUAUCGUCAUUAUACUCCGCUGAAGUGUUACAUAGUUGCCGUAUCGGGCACCUGGAUCCUGGCAGUGGCCAUCUGCUGCCUCUAUUUGUUUUUUCGAUUUAAGUUCAUCUCAGGCGUCGUUCACACAGUAACCGUUGCAUCUUUGUCCGUUUCGCUUACAGUGGCUUGCUCUGCCUACAGUGCUUUGUGGCUCCGGAUCAAGUAUCGAAGACGACGUCGAAGAGGGGUUGAAAAAGACAAAAGGCUCGCAAUAACGUUGUUUCUUAUCACAGGAAUUUUCAUUGUGACUUGGAUGCCUUUUGAGGUUAUCAUUAUAAUUGUCCAUUUUUGCCACUAUUGCAAAAACCCAUCUCACAGGCUCGUUUAUGUCAUAAAAUUACUUCAGUAUAGCAAUUCGUUCGUUAACACCCUUGUGUAUUCAUUUCGAAUGCAAGACUUCCGUAGAGCUAUCCUUAAUGUCUUCCGCAGCGGUUCUUUGAGUUCCAGGGGCAACAUGCGGGUCAGAAACGCAGCAGGGAUCACUCUGACAUCUGUCUCCAAUCUCGUCAACUCCUGCUCAGCGGUGAAUUUAAACAUCAUAUAUGGUGAAAGCCAGUUGAAGAGCAGCUAUGGUGCAACAGGGCAUAGACGACUGGCAAGGAGGAGAGCUGAUUUAUUUCUGAUGCAUAAAAAGGGAAAAUAUUCUCCUAGUAAACUGCACGCUGCUGAAAACGUAUGA